UACACCCAAUGUAAUUCCACGUUAAAAAUGGAGUACAUAUUUGCCAAUUUUACCGUUUUUCUCAACUCAAGUAUUCAAGCCCACAUACGGCAAAGCUUGCACAGAAAUAUAUAUUCUGCUCGCCUCGCCUGGCGCGCUCACCCACACGUAUGAAUACUUUACAAGUGAAACAUCGAUCAAAGGUCGUCCUGCUUUUGGGGCGAAGCAAUGGCAAAAUGGCAGUUCAAUCGAAACGAGUGCCUAAUUUCAUUCUCCUUCACUUCCUUCUCCAAAUUUUCAGGGUCGUUAUUCAUUGGAGCAAUUCCAAUUCCAAUUCCAAUUCCAAUUCAGCUACCACCAUUGUUCAUCGCCACUUCCAAUGCAUUCUUUCGAGAGUUGACAAACAAUUUUCUCCUCAUAAUUUUGAUCCUUCGAGAUAUUAUCACCCUUCGCGCAGAGGCCGAUUGGGGAAUGAUCUAAACUUGCUCUUCGCGUAGGGCAGCAAUUAUUUUAGGUUUGGGCAACUGAUCGCCCAAAUUUGAUGAUGAUGAUGAUGACAAGUCCGUGCACUUUCCUUUGUUGGAUCAUCCUUACAAGCUCCUUCACCGUUCAUGUGGUGCUUUCAAAAACAGAUUCCCGACAAGUUUCAGCCCUCAAUGACAUGUACCAAUAUUUAAAGCCUCAUUCCAAACUUGAUGGAUGGAAAUCAGAUGGAGGAAAUCCUUGUGAUGAUUCUUGGAAGGGUAUCAAGUGCUCCGGUUCAGAUGUUACUGAAAUUGAUCUAUCUGGCUUGGGGCUCACUGGAUCACUAGGCUUCCAGCUUGAUAAGUUGGAGAAAGUUACCUACUUUGAUGUGAGCAAAAACAACCUGAAGGACAACAUACCAUAUCAACUUCCUCCUGGCACACAACACCUAGAUCUUUCUGGAAAUCAAUUUGGUGGAACUGUACCUUAUUCAAUUUCUCAGAUGGCUGAUCUUAAAUCUCUGAAUCUUAAUCAUAAUAAGCUAAGCGGAUCACUGAGUGAUUUAUUUGGAAAACUUACAAAACUCACUGAGAUGGAUCUCUCCUACAAUUCAAUAUCAGGCAGUUUGCCUCAGAGUCUUAAAUCCCUCUCAAGCCUCAGCAAAUUGCGCAUACAGAACAAUCAGUUUACUGGAUCAAUAAAUGUUCUUGCCGAUCUUGCACUUGACGAUUUGAAUGUAGCAAACAACCAAUUUACUGGAUGGAUUCCUGAUGAGCUGAAAGAGAUCAAAAAUUUAGAGACUGGCGGAAAUAGUUGGUCUACUGGAUCAGCUCCUCCUCCGCCUCCUGGGCAGAAAGCUAAACCACACACCAGGAAGGCAGAAAAGGAAUCUGGAAAAUCUGGCCUGGGUAUAGGAGCCAUUGCUGGGAUAUUACUGGGUGUUUUGUUGCUACUUGGUGUUAUAAUUGCUCUAUUGUCAAGAAGAAAAAGAUCUUCAUCACCUUCCUCCCAUUUUCUUGAAGAAGAUAAGUUUAGCCGGCGUCAACCUUUUACUCCUCUUUCAUCUCAGGAGUUAUCUAGUGGUGUACGUGCCAACAUGCAGGAGGACUUCAGAGCUACAGAAAAACAUUUGCAAACCUCCUCCUCAAUGGGUCUUAAGCGUCUUAAUUCAGAGCAUCACAAGUCUUUUAAUGUGAAGGAGAUGAAAAAUGUGCCACCUUCAGAUCAUCUCAAGUCGUUCAAUGAUAAAGAGUUCGCAAAUCCUUUGAAACGAAGCAGUUCAGUUAAGAUAGAUCACUAUCCAUUAGCUGAUUUGCAGAAUGCAACUAGUAACUUUUCAAGUUCUCGCCUUCUUGGUGAGGGAUCAAUUGGUCGAGUAUACAUGGCAAAAUAUCCAGAUGGCAAAGUUCUGGCUGUAAAGAAAAUAGACUCCUCUUUUUUCCAAGAUGGGCAGUGCACAGACUUCACAGAAAUUGUUUGCAAAAUGUCCAAGCUUCACCACCCAAAUAUAGCUGAAGUUAUUGGUUAUUGUUCAGAACAGGGACAGAAUAUGUUAAUCUUUGAGUAUUUUAGAAAUGGUUCACUUCAUGAAUUCCUUCAUGUGUCGGAUGACUUCAGCAAACCUCUUACAUGGAACACAAGAGUCAGAAUCGCUCUAGGGGCAGCUCGUGCUCUUGAGUACCUACAUGAGGUUUGUUCUCCAUCCUGUCUCCACAGGAAUAUAAGAACUUCAAACAUUGUGCUCGAUGCUGAAUUGAAUUCUCGUCUCUCUGAGUGUGGCAUGGCAACGUUUCAUCAGAAAGCAAGCAAAAACUUAAAUGCUGGAUACACUGCUCCAGAAUGCACAAAAUCUUCUGCAUAUACUUUGAAGAGCGAUGUUUAUAGCUUCGGAGUUGUCAUGUUGGAACUAUUGACAGGUCGAAAGCCUUUUGACAGUUCAAAGCCAAGAUUAGAACAGUAUCUGGUCGAAUGGGCAUCGCCACAACUACAUGAUCUAGAUGCCUUAGAGAAAAUGGCUGAUCCUGCUCUGCGUGGACUUUAUCCUCCCAAAUCUCUCUCUAGAUUUGCCAAUGUGACUGCUCUGUGCGUUCAGUCGAAGCCAGAAUUUAGACCAAACAUGUCUGAGGUGGUCCGUUUAGUUCAAAAAUCGAAUAUGAGCCAGAGAGAGGAUCUAAGUGCAUCUUGGCGCACAGAUGAUGAUGAUGAUGAUUACUGAUUCUUUCAGGUUCUCGGCAGAAAAAAAACAAAAGAGAAGAAGCCGGGACGAGUAAUUAUAAUCUUUUCAGACUUGAGAAGACGUGACUCCCAUUUUUUUCUUACUUCAUCUUCUCCUUUAAGAAAAUCAAGUGUUAAAAGUUGUAUUGGUUUUACCCAUCAUAUGACCAAAGACCUUUGUUGUCACGUUGAUGAGUAUUUUGAGUAUUGCAAAUCGCUUUCCAGUACUUUGAAGUAUAGUUGAAAGCAAUGAUCGAUUUGUCAUAGCACAUCAUGCCAAUAGCGGUCUCAUCUCUUGUAAAUUGCCAUGAAUGUUGGAUUGUAGCGUCAUAACGUCUUAUCCCCAUUCCAUUUUAUGUGGUGGGAUUUGAA